AUGGCUUUUCCUGAGGGAUUUGGAUGGGGGGCAGCCACUGCUGCGUAUCAAGUGGAAGGAGGCUGGGAUGCAGAUGGAAGAGGCCUUUGUGUCUGGGACACAUUCACCCAUCAGGGAGGAGAGAGAGUUUUCAAGAACCAGACUGGCGAUGUAGCUUGUGGCAGCUACACUCUGUGGGAGGAAGAUCUGAAAUGUAUCAAACAGCUUGGAUUGACUCAUUACCGCUUCUCUCUUUCCUGGUCACGUCUGUUACCUGAUGGGACGACAGGUUUCAUCAACCAGAAAGGAAUUGACUAUUACAACAAGAUCAUUGACGAUUUGUUGACAAAUGGGAUCACACCCAUUGUGACCAUCUACCACUUCGAUUUGCCUCAGGCUUUAGAAGACCAAGGAGGUUGGCUGUCGGAGGCAAUCAUUGAAGACUUUGAUAGAUACGCUCGGUUUUGCUUCAGUACUUUUGGGGAUCGAGUCAAGCAGUGGAUCACCAUAAAUGAGCCUAACAUUCUUGCUGUGCUGGCAUAUGAAGUGGGCAGGUUUGCUCCUGGUAUACCUCACCUUGGGACUGGAGGAUAUCGGGCAGCUCAUAAUUUGAUUAAGGCUCAUGCCAGAGCCUGGCACAGCUAUGAUUCCUUAUUCCGAAAAGAGCAAAAGGGUAUGGUGUCCCUAUCAUUGUUUCUUGUCUGGUUGGAACCAGGAAAUCCCAACUCAGUGCCUGACCAGGAAGCUGUUAAAAAAGCAUCUGCUUUUGCAUUGGAUUUCUUUGCUAAACCUAUAUUCAUUGAUGGUGAUUAUCCUGAGCUUGUCAAGUCCCAGAUUGCAUCCAUGAGUAAAAAGCAAGGGUAUCCAUCAUCACGGCUUCCAGAAUUUACCGAAGAAGAGAAGAAAAUGAUCAAAGGCACUGCUGAUUUCUUUGCUGUGCAAUACUAUACGACUCGCUUCAUUAAGAACCAGGAGAAUAAGAAAGGAGGACUAGGAGAACUAGGCUUUUGGCAGGAUAUGGAGGUUGAUUAUUUUCCAGAUCCAUCUUGGAAAGGUGUUGAAUGGGUCUAUGUGGUGCCAUGGGGAAUACGUAAAUUACUGAAAUAUAUUAAGGAUACGUAUAAUAACCCUGUAAUUUACAUCACUGAGAAUGGGUUUCCCCAGCGUGACCCACCAUCUCUUGAUGACACUCAGCGCUGGGAGUAUUUCAGACAGACAUUUCAGGAACUGUUCAAAGCUAUCCAUGUUGAUAAAGUCAAUCUUCAAGUGUAUUGUGCCUGGUCCCUUCUGGAUAACUUUGAAUGGUGUGAUGGAUACAACUUACGGUUUGGUCUUUUUCAUGUUGAUUUUGAAGACCCAGCUAGACCUCGGGUCCCUUACACAUCAGCCAAGGAGUAUGCCAAGGUCAUCCGAAGCAAUGGCUUGGAGGGGCCUCCAUAG